UCGCGCAUGCGUUCAAAGAAAACGGAAAUGUCAAGGGAAAAUCGGUAAAAAUGGCUGAUUUUCUGAAAGGUCUUCCAUCGUACAACGAGAAAAAUUUCGCUCGAUUCCACAGCGACUCGAGCUGUAAGACCAGUGUGAGGAGACCCGCAGUAUAUAUUUCUACCAAAGAGCAUCCAUCAGAACAAGUGAUAACCACAGAAAAGACCAAUAUUUUAUUGCGUUAUUUGCACCAGCAGUGGGACAGAAAGAAUUCCAGCAAGAAGCGCGACUCCAACAGGGCUAGUCUCGAGGAUGGCAGUUCUCCGAGUUCGUGCAAAGUUCCUAGACUGGGUUCGACCGACGACGCUUCAUAGACAUUCCUCAAACUGAACUCUCCUUACGCUGUCUUUCUCGCUCAGUGUCGCGUGGUGUCUGCUGAUGAACUGUUUCGUUUUGGCCGGUCUGUUCUCCAUGACUUGUGUCUGUCUUGUGUUCACUCAUGCAACAAGCUUUAAGAGAAACAAACUCUAGCGUUCCUGUCCUGCCGGUUUUACCCAGUGUGAAGCUAACAGGCGGUGGCCUUUGAAGCAUUGUUUGUUAAAAAACACUGGCCCGAAUUUAUGAAGCCUGUUUUUCUUAGACAGGGGUGUUUAAGCAUUGUAAAUGUAAGUAGUUACACGUGUAAGACAUAAACAGGCUUUGUAAAUUCCGCUUCACGAAUCUGCACUCGGUUUGUUUUGUACAGCAUUAAAAUGUAAACAUGAUUGAGACCAAAUCCUUUUUCAAUUUUGUUUGCCUUUUAGCUUUGUUCAAGCAUUUGUUACUGUUGUAGUUCCAAAUUGGUUUAAACAUCAUGCUAUGCUUCAGGUAUGGGGCUGUUCAACAAUUAUCUGGAAAAUUUGGCAUUUUGUAUACCCCCUGUCCUGCAAGUAAUGUUUUAUAAAGCUACAUGUAAGAACACUCCCUUUUUAAAUUAAGUAAUGACCCAUAACUGUUUGUAAAACAUCCCAUGAUACCCCCCCCCCCCCCCCCCCCCCCCCAUCCUCUCAAAACUUUACAUAAUUGUUGAAUAGCCCCAAUCUAGCGGGUCAAAAAAUUAACUAUAUGGAUUUUUUUUUAUUUUAUAUAUUUACAGCUUUAUUUAAAUAUUAUAACCUUGAUCUAAAAAAGAUCAUCUUAUCUUCUUUUUGUGUGUGUGUUAAUAUUGGAGACAAAAACAUCAGAUUCUUUUCUUUUCUUUGUUCCAUUAUGGACUCUGCUUUAGAUUUAAAGCUUUAAACAGUCGUCUCUUUCACAAUAUCUUUAAAAGUCCUCUUUUUUGUUUUUUUUAUCUCUCUCUCUCUCUCUUCCUGUUUAUGAUAUGGUUAAUAUAACUGCAGCCAAUUCUGUUUUGUAGUAGAGGAUAAACUGCAUGUGCUUUAUUUACUGCUGUACGAUGCAGAUAGCUCAAAAGUAGCACACGUGUAAUAGUUUACGCCAUUAUGCACUUCUGACAUUACGUUCUCACGUUGUGAGGAAAUUUCUUUUUGUUAUGAAAUUAUCAGACAUGAUAUUAUAUUUUUGUUACAAGUUUUUCUCCUUCGCCUUGCUGUUUUUGUAAUAUUUUGUUGCAGCAGACAAAGUGCUCAUUGUUAACAUGCUUCUUUUAAACUUGUUGAGAUGUAUGUCGUUGUGAUAGUGGUCGUAAAAGACGUAGUUUUUUCAGAAUGCAUAUACAUGUAUCUUGUUAUCAACAAAUCAGUGUUGGUGUAUUUAGCAUACUUUCAAUUUUGGGUUUGCCAGAAUGAAGAGAGUCAUUUUAUUGAGGAAAGUUGUGAGAUGUCAUAAGUUAAGUUAAACUGACCGGAAUGAAGGGACGUUGUGUCGGUUAAGUCACUUAGUCGUUUACUUACUGCAGGACUAGCUCUGGCACUCACCAAGUUUGCGAAUUUUAAAAACAAUUAGGAAUUUUAUUUUGAUUUGGCGAACAAAUUAUUAUUUUAUUAGAAAAUAAUUUGAUGUUUGCAAUUUUUG